UUACCUUUCCAUUGCUAAAAAUCCCCUCGAUUCUCCCUCGCUUUCCUCAAACCAAAUCUCUCCCUUUUCUCUCUGUUUUACUCUCUCAUGUCUUACAAAGCAAAAACCUUCACUUUCUUCAUGUUUUGUUCAUAAACUUGUUCAAAAAGUUGCAUGUUUUUAACUGUGAAUUUUCUCUUCUUUUUUUUAGCAUUCUUCUGUGUUAAAGGAAACCCAGGAUCAUAAAUUUGCAAUGGCUGACUCACCAAAAUCGGAAACUGGGUCAAGCACCUUGACCAACAUCUCUUCUUCUUUGUUUCCGCCUUCAUUAUCAUCUUAUGAUGGUAAAAGGAGAACGGGUACUGACUCGGUACCCGAUUCCCAGAGUGAAAAGCGUCCGAGGGAUAGUAGCACCAAGCACCCGGUAUAUCGGGGGGUCCGAAUGCGGGCGUGGGGCAAAUGGGUGUCCGAAAUCCGUGAGCCCCGGAAGAAGAGCCGGAUCUGGUUAGGCACUUUCUCGACUCCCGAGAUGGCGGCACGUGCACACGACGUCGCGGCGUUGAGCAUCAAAGGCAAUUCGGCGAUCCUAAACUUCCCUGAACUCGCCGAGUCGUUACCGCGACCGGCUUCCAACUCCCCCCGCGACGUCCAAGCAGCUGCCGUUAAAGCUGCCUCAAUGGAGUUGUUAAGCAAUAUUACAUCAUCGUCGUCUAUAAUAUCGUCGGCUUCGACAUCGACAUCGUCAUUGAACACGGAUAACGUGUCGACACCGGAGGAGCUGAGUCAGAUAGUGGAACUACCGAGUUUAGGGACGAGUUACGAAUCAGUGGAGAUAGGGACUGAUUUUGUGUACCCGAUUGACGGAUGGCUACUGAAUCCCAAUAGCAUGCCUUGGUAUUACGAAGAAAAUAAUGGGUAUUUUUGGGAUGAUAUUUCUAUGCAAACUCUAAUCACAAAUGUGUUUGGUCCUUUACCAUGGAAUCAUUAAUGG